AGUCUUUAGAGUGAAUCUUCAGGAACUGACCACUGCUGGGUGUUGGCCAUUUGUGGGCCCCAUCAUACAAAAAGAAGAACUCUGUCCUUUCUAGUCAUUCUAAUAGACUGUGAACCCAGACACUUGGUUCCAUCAACCCACAGGAAGCAGAGUAUUUCCUGUUCAAUCAAGACCUUGAAUCUUAUUUUCGUGAGGACUCUAAAAACUCCCGAAAAGUAGACUUCAUGGACAAAAUCCCUUGAAACUAGACUCACUGCCUUUAACAGCAGAGUAAAUAUAGAAACCAUUUUCCUUGAACUGUGGAAACGCCAGGAUGGAAAAUCCAACUAUCUCAACAGACUAUGACCAGACCACAGAAUAUGACUAUGGGAACACCGCCCCCUGCCACAAGACAGAAGUGAGGGCCUUUGGGGCUCAGCUGCUGCCUCCCUUGUACUCCCUGGUAUUUGUCAUUGGCCUGGUUGGCAACAUGCUGGUGGUCCUGGUCCUCAUGCAAUAUAAGAGGCUCAAAAGCAUGACCAGCAUCUACCUCCUGAACCUGGCCAUUUCUGACCUGCUCUCCCUCUUCACACUACCCUUCUGGAUUGACUACAAGCUGAAAGAUAACUGGGUUUUCGGGGAUGCCAUGUGUAAGUUCCUCUCAGGGCUUUAUGACAUAGGCUUGUACAGUGAGAUCUUUUUCAUCAUCUUACUGACAGUUGACAGGUACCUGGCCAUCGUCCAUGCCGUAUUUGCCCUGCGGGCUCGGACUGUCACCUUUGGUAUCAUCAGCAGCAUCAUCAUCUGGGUCCUGGCCAUCUUGGCUUCCAUUCCAGACUUUUACUUUUCCAAGACCCAGUGGGAGUUAACUCAUUACACCUGCAGUUCUUAUUUCCAUUAUGAAAGCUCAAGUCAGUGGAAACAGUUCCAGGCUCUGAAACUGAACAUCUUGGGCUUGGUUUUGCCUCUACUGGUCAUGAUCGUCUGCUACACAGGGAUUAUAAAAAUUCUGCUCAAACGGCCCAACGAGAAGAAGGCCAAAGCUGUCCGGCUGAUCGUUGUCAUCAUGAUCAUCUUCUUUCUCUUCUGGACACCCUACAAUCUGACUGUGUUUGUUUCUGCUUUCCAAGAUGUCUUUUUCACUGAUGAGUGUGAGCAGAGCAAACAGCUGGACCUGGCCAUGCAGGUGACAGAGAUGAUCGCCUACACCCACUGCUGCGUCAACCCAGUGAUCUACGCCUUUGUUGGCGAGAGGUUCCGGAAGUACCUGCACCAGCUGUUCCACAGGUUCCUGGCCUCGCGCUUAGCUAAGUGGCUCCCUUUCCUCUCCACCGAGAGGCUGGAGCGGAGCAGCUCCAUGUGCCCCUCCACAGGGGAGCACGAACUGUCUGCUGGGUUCUGACUAUGGCCCCUGGAGGCUGAGCUAAGGCCCAGCAAGAGUGUCCAGUCUGUGAGUCUGACCGGAGAGAAGGCAGCUGGGGACUCCCGGCCAGAUUCUGGCAUCUGAUGCAGCAUGGAAUUAGAUACAUGUGGGAAUAAGGGAACUUGAAGGGGGUCUAGACUAAAUCACUUCUGGGACUUGAGUUUUUUCCAUGAACUUCUCGCUAGAGGAAAGGAGAGGAUAAGUAAAACGGGACAUUCCAAUAGACUGGGACAAAGGCAACCAGUGAAGGGGUUGGCUCAAAUAGCAUUUCAGAGGUUUGAAUGGGAACAUUUGGGAACAAAGUUACUGCAGCAACCCCUACUUGUAGGGCCAGCCCCCAUGAAUGUGGACACAGUGAUUUCCCUCUCUGACUCUGUCCGAGUCUGGAGCCAAUCAGGAGGAGUUAGCAGUGAGCUCUACCUCCCCACCCCUCUGCAGGGUUUAUGUUCUCAGAAACCCCAGGGAACACAGACUCAGGAGGAGAGAACUUGAGACCUAAUGGAAAAUAGGCGCCGGAGGCUGCUACGAAAGCUCUGAGAGAAAAUUUGUAAAUUCACUCGAAUCAAACAAUUCAGGCAGUGGGCUAGAAGACACAGACCCUCUAUAAUUUGUUGUACCUCUUGAAAUAACUUCGAGGGAAGCAGCCAUUAUUUCCAUUUACCAUUCCUUUCUUUGUGAGUAUUUUUCGCUCUCCUGUCCCUGUAAGUUGGGUGAUGUGGCAGCAGUUUCUGAUGGCUUUGUUGUAGAAUUCACCAAGAAGCAAAAAGACAGGGUUAAUUUUUACUCUUGGUUCUCUGUCUAAGGCUUCUGGUUUUGUGGGUCAAACCAACCAGUCAGCAGAAAAAUGACCCGUUAUGCAAGCUGACAGUGUUUGAGAGGGGAAGGAAGGAAAACACCCACCAGGAAGCUUGGGGACUGGACUCUGCUGAUGUAGGAGGUUGAGGUGGCCCUUAACACAAGAAAUUUAUUCAUUAGCACUUCUAUUCUCACCAAGGACCUCUUGUGUCUCCUUUAAAAAUCAUUUUCCAACAGCAAAAACUAUUUCUGAAAAAGUUUAAAAAUGCAAACAUCAAAAUCAUCCACAUUCCCAUAACCCCAAAACCAACCUUGUGUAUUUUUUUAAUGUAUUUUCUUUUCGUUUUUUUCCUGUGCCUGUUCAUGAUGAGCUUCAACUGUAUUCAUUCCUCUGUUGUUGUUAUCUUUACAGCAUUUUGGUCAACAAAUCAUUUCAAACCAUGUUUUUGGUGCCCGCACUGGUUUCGCAAGGCCAGGAGGCACCCUAGCUCACUCAGUGCUUGCACAAAUCAAUGAAAACCAGCCGUGAUGACUGGGGACUGAACCCUCCCUCCGAGCCCUGAGCCCCAGGAGACACAGAUACAGGAGAGGUGUCUGUUCUCGCAGAGCUGCUACCUGGGUGAGGUGGACAGGCACAGAGAUGCCACAGAGCCCAGGCUGGAUGGGCAGGGCUCCAGGGGCCCAUGGUGCCAGGUCAGAAAAAGGGAGGAAGGACUUCAUGGGUCAGAAAGCACCAGAGUGGGUGGGUGUCCCUUGUGAUAACACAGUGAUACCAUCAGGCUGUCUUCUCUUUACGGACACCAGGAAGGAGCUCUAACUAAGCCCCUCAGGCAGGGAAGCAUGCUGUCAGCUGGCCCUCUCUGCGUGAGGAAGUUGGCAUGGUGAAAGCUUGGAAAAUGGGAAGAGAUGGUCACUCUGUACUGGGCAUGUGCCUCCUCCACACAGAAAUGUGCACAAACACGGACUCUGGGAGUCCAGGUGGAGACCCCGAUUGCCCCUCAUGAAUCCGCCCGCCUUCUCUGGGGUGUGGAGAUGGAACUAAGAAACUCUGUCGACUGCUUUGAUGAAAUAAAACGGACAUCAAAAGCAAUCCACAAGAAUAUCAUAAUGAAAUAUGUUUCACAACAUCCUCCAAGUCCAUUUUUGAUACUACUCAUUUUUCCCUCAUUAUAAAGGCAAUGCAUAUUUGUUGCAGAAAACUGGAAACAGGUAAAGAACUCAAAGAAAAAGAUGGAAGCAUCGAUAAUUCCACUACACAACCUCUCUUAGCAUAUUGAUAUUUUAGUCUGUCUCCUCUGGCAUACACUCGUAUGUAUGUACACACACACACACACACACACACACACACACACAUUUAAUAACAAUACAUUUUGCACCUCAGCGAAGUUCCACACAUGUUAAGCUCUGAGUAAAUGGUCACUAAGUUGGUUACUCUCUGAGCUUCCAGUUGCUUAUCUAUAAAGUGAGGCUAAGACUCACUUUCUAUCACUGAGGAUAAGCUAGUAUCCACCGCUUGGCAGGGUCAUCCUGAGGAUUAAAUGAAAUAAAGCAAGGAAAGUGGGCCACCUUUUUCUAAAUCUCAGGAAAGAGAUCUAACUCCUGCCAGGCCCUCCUCAGUCACUCAGGACUCCUCCAGCUCCCUAUUCCAUCACUGCCCCUCCCAGAUCCUAUGUGAAUGGCCUUAUUCAUAUUUUACCUAAAAUAAACAAUUCACUGGAGAUUUUUAAAAGUAUAUUAGGGUAGCAGAAGAAGGGUCAGUAAGCUUGUUGACAAAUUACCAGAAAAUAUCUGACCUUAAGGAUAAAAGGAAAAAAAGAAGCUUUAGGAAAAUAUUAAACAGUCUAAUAAUAAGAUAUAGCUAGAAAACCUGAAGGUGAAAAAGAAGGAAUUGAGCCUUAACAAAGUAUUUGAAGAAAUAAUAUCUUAAGACAUCCCAAGUUAGGGGAAAAUCAACUUGAAAAUCCAAAAGGCUUCAUAAACCACAACGAGGGUAAACACAAAUAUUUUUCUAUUUUAUAUAUAGCACUUAUGAGUUCUAGAAUUUCCAUUUGGUUCUUUUACAUUGUUUGCAUUUCUCCACUGAGAUUUCAUGGGCUUUGCUUAAUAUGAUCAUUUAUCCCUUUAUGUCCUAAAUUAUAACAGCUGAUGUAAAGUCCUUAACUGCUAGUUCCAACUUCCCAGUCAUCUUGUAUUCUGUCUCUAUUGAAAGUUUUUUUUUAAGUAUAGGUCAAUUUUUCUUGCUUUAUCAUGUCAAUUAUUAACAUGCCUUUAUAUAAAAAUACUAUAAAAAUACUGUUACUGAAAAGUAAAUACUUCUGGGACCUCCCCUGGUGGCGCAGGUGAUUGAGCGCCACACUGUGAAGCUGUCUGCAGCCUCUGCAGUGCAGGUUCGAUCCCUGCCAGCUGGGGAGAGUCCCACAUGGCGAGCAGACCUCUGCUGUUUCGCCUGCUUCUCCCCUCAGCAGUGUGUUUCGUCAGUCUGCCUGUUCUGUUCCCUGCUCUGUCUGGUGAAUCCUCUCACCCUCCCGCGCAUCUGGCAUGUACCCCAGUUCUUGUAUAAAUAAAUAGAUAAAUCUUUAAAAAUAAAUAAAUACUUCU